AUGUCUCUCUUUGGCGACGACGACGCGCCGCACGCGAAGCAGUCGUCCUCGCUCUUCGACGACGAUCCCAAGCCCGCGGGCAAGACAGGCAACAGCUUGUUCGCCGACGACGUGGGCGACAACGACUCGCCCUGGGGGUUCCCGACACCCAAGAAAGCCGACCGCGAAGCGCUGGUCAAGUCGCUCUUGCCCGCCGGUGACGUGCCCGACUCAUACAUUGACGCAUUUGAUGCAUUGCUAGAGGCUGGGAAUGGCGCGGGCAAUUGUGUGAGUGUGGACGGUGUAAAGAAGCUACUGGCCGACAGCGAUAUUCCGGCACAUGCUCAAAACAAGAUACUCGAGACUGUGCUACCGCCCGGUGGUGCCGCCGAGUUGGGAAGGAACGAGUUCAAUGUUGUCUUUGCCUUGAUUGGGCUGGCGCAAGAGCACGAAGAUAUUACCCUGGACAGCGUCGACGAGCGAAAAAGGAAUCUCCCCGUACCAGCCGUGUCGUUGCCGCAAUCAACAAAGGUCCGAGAGCCUUCUCCUCCACCGCAAGACGCCCGCCCCCCAACCCCUCCAGCGCCCCAACGCCAGAUUUCUGAGCAACAGACGCCGGCCGCGACCAAGCCAAGUGUGUCUAUGCGCAAGCAGUCCUUUGGCGACCCAGAGGCAGAUCCUUGGGGCAGCCCCGACCUUCACAGGGGCCAUAGCCACGCGAGCUACGCCAUUGCGCAGCCCCACACGAAUGGUUCAAGUAUCCCUUCCACUGCACGAACAACGAGCCAAUUUACGACGCAAUCCACUUCCAACUCGUCGGCCAUCCAGCCACCCAUUCAAUCAGGUUCCCUAGGCAGUGAGGGUGGCUGGGGAGGAUACAACGGUGGGUCAACCCAGUCCUUUGCGCCAAGUGGUAUGGGGGAAGGAGGUUUCGGCGUACCUGCAGCUGCAGAGAGCAGUUCCAAUGGUCCGCCAGAGCUGGGCAGAUCCAUUGGUCGGCUGAAUCCAUCCGGUAGUGGCAAUGAGGAAGUCAUCGCAAUCACAGCGCUCUCCGAGAAAGAAGGCAUGUUCAUGUUCCAGCACCGCAACUACGAAGUCGCCAGCUCACGGCGCACAACAAAGGUUGUCCGUCGAUACAGCGAUUUCGUCUGGUUAUUAGACUGUCUGCAUAAGCGAUAUCCCUUCCGACAGCUCCCGCUGUUGCCCCCAAAGCGGGUCGGCAUCAACGGCAACCCAAUAGCUGCUGAUGCCACUUUCCUCGAAAAGCGAAGAAAGGGCCUCGCACGGUUCACGAAUGCGCUCGUACGACAUCCAGUCCUUAACCAGGAACAACUGGUUGUCAUGUUCUUGACAGUACCUACAGAACUCGCAGUAUGGCGUAAACAAGCCAACUUAUCCAUCCAGGAGGAGUUUGCUGGCAAACCUCUCCCACCCGAUCUUGAGGACUCUCUCCCAAAGACUCUCCCCGAACUCUUCGACACUGUCCGAUCUGGUGUACGACGUAGCGCCGAGACCUACAUCACCCUCUGCAGUAUGAUGGAGCGACUUUCACGCCGUAACGAAGGCAUGGCUGCCGAAUACGCACGCUUUUCCUCUGCCCUCAGCGGCCUCACCGAAUGUAGCCAAGAAACAUACGCCGUUGAUGCAAAUGACGUUCCAUUGUUAAACGAGGGCUUGAACUCCACAGCACGACAUCUCGACUCAAGUAGACAGUUGCUUGAGGACGAAGCAAGAGGAUGGGAAGAAGGCGUCCUCGAAGACCUCAAGCGCCAACGCGAUACCCUCGUCAGCGUACGUGACAUGUUCGACCGCCGCGACAAAUACGCACGCGACAACAUUCCCCAACUGGAGAAGCGCAUCGCAAGCAACGAGACUAAACUAGGUAACAUCCGUAACAAGCCCGCCGACCAAAUCAAGCCCGGCGAGGCGGAGAAGGUCGAAGAUGCUAUCUUCAAGGACAAGGAAUCGAUCGUCCAACAACACGCCCGUGGUGUCUUCAUCCGCGAAUGCAUCCGCGACGAACUCAUCUUCUUCCAGAAAUCCCAAUAUCACAUUAGUAAACUGCAUCAGGAUUGGGCGCAGGAACGUGUCAAGUAUGCCGAGUUGCAGGCGGAUAACUGGCGUGCGCUUAGUGAGGAGGUGGAGAGUAUGCCGAGUGCCGAGUAG